AUGAAAGCUGGCAUCAGGUGCAUAGAAAAGGAGAAAGAAGCUCUUCUCAAGUACAAAGAUGAGCUUAUUGAUGAAUAUAGCCAACUCUUUUCUUGGAAAAAUGAAAAAUAUAAGAAGGAUUGCUGCAAAUGGAGUGGUGUCAGUUGUGACAAUCAAACUAAUCAUAUUGUUGAGUUGGAUCUUGGUUUUAUGCAUCUAAGAGGUAACAUUAGCGUCUCGUUGCUUGAAAUACAACAUUUGAAAUAUCUAGACCUCAGAGAGAAUGAUUUGAAUUAUAGCAGGAUUCCACAAUUCAUAAGUUCCCUAGGGGAUUCGCCUUGUCCUGCAUUAUCUUUCUUGUUAACGACCUUAGAUCUCUCUCAUAAUAUGUUUAAUGGUACCAUGACCCAGUGCAUAGGAAACCUUUCGAAACUCAAAUCUUUGUUUCUUUAUUCAAACAACCUCGAAGAAAUAAUCACUGAAUCCAAUUUCUUUAAUCUUUCCCAAUUACAAGUGUUGGACUUGUCUUACAACCUAGCUAUCUCAUUCAAUAUCAGUUUAGGAUGGAAUCCUCCUUUUCAACUAACACGUGUAAAUUUAGCAAGUUCCAAAGUAGGUCCACAUUUCCCCUCAUGGUUUAGAACACAAACGAGAUUACGGAAUCUUGAUAUCUCUAAUGCUGAAAUUUCAGACACCUUCCCUAAUUGGUUUUUGGAGCAAAUUCCAAAAUUAUCAAAUUUAAAUGUAUCACAUAACAAUUUUCAUGGUGUCCUUCCUGAUUUGUCAUCAAAGUCCUCUACUUUCAAAUCCAUAGAUCUAAGCUUUAAUCAUUUUAAUGGUUCAUUACCAAUUUUGCCUCCGAAUGGAUCUGUAGUGGAUUUAUCGAGUAACAAAAUUUCUGGGUCAGUUACCAAUAUAUGCAAUGAAACUGAUUGUUAUUGUGGAUAUCUUGACCUCUCGAAUAACAUACUCUCUGAACAGCUUUCGAAUUGUUUUUUGACUGGUAAUAUACCUACAUGGGUGGGAGAUACUUGGACUUCUUUGGUCUUUCUGAGUCUCAGGUACAAUGAGUUCUUUGGUAGUAUUCCUUCCCAUUUGUGUCGUCUUGCAGACUUACAAGUGUCGGACCUCUCUUUAAACAAGAUUUCUGGUGGUAUGCCAAAAUGUGUAAACAACCUCACUGCUAUGAUUCAAGUGGAUUCUGAGUUUGAUAGCGCAUUUCUUCUUCAUUACAUACGAAGAUUUGAGAGUGCAUUUGUAACAUGGAAAGGAAAGGAUGCCGAGUACAUAAACUCUCUUAAUCUGGUGAUGCUCAUUGAUCUUUUAAGCAACAAUUUAGUAGGUGACGUUCCUGCGGAAAUUUCCAGUCUUGUAAUGCUAGUUGGAUCGAACCUUUCAAGAAACAACCUAUCUGGAUUCCUUCCUCCAAAUAUUGAACGAUUAAGGUCUUUGGAUUUUCUUGAUUUUGCAAGAAACCACUUCUCUGGGGGUAUUCCUACUAGCGUCUCUCAAUUGGAUCAACUUGGAGUGUUAGAUUUGUCAUACAAUAACUUGUCGGGCAAAAUUCCACAAAGCAUUCAUUUGCGAAACCCUGAACUUUGUGGCCUUCCACUUACAAAAGCUUGUUCGGAAGAUGAAAUGGCUUAA